CAUGACAUCUGCCCAAAAAAUGAAAGAAAGGUUACUUUCUAGUGGAACUUAGUACACCGCAUAAUUCAUUGCCUUCUAGUAGCUGUCGGAUGAUUCAGCAGCAACAGCAAGUUGAAUUUGAAGCAGGGAAGAUACCCCUUUGCCAUUGGGGCAGAUUCGUGAAACUUUUUUUUGAUUUGACCAAGCGUAAGCCAGUCUAAGACAGUAUAAAAGAAUGGCCGUGUGGUUCUAAGGAAUUCAGCGUUGUGCCUUUAUCACGAAUUCCUUCAUCGAGGCAUUCGUGAAGAUGAAACGGAUUUCACAACUGGUCGCUUUCCUGACAUAUUUUGUCGGGAAUGCACGAGGGAAAGUUUGCGAGGCGAAUCCAGACGAAAUUAUGCAGCUAACGUCACACACUUGCGAUUGCUGUAUUGUUUUACAACUAACAUUUACAAUUCAUUUCUUGCAGAAGUACUGCAAGCAUGUAACGUGUGUUGUUGCCAUUUUUUGGGCUGUCUGUAGAACCUAUUGGAAGAAAGCUGCAUUCACUAGCCUUAGUCUGACUGACCUCGAAUAUAUUUUGCUUGACCUGUUAGAAAAAGUAUUAUCCGUGGCCCAAAGUAGCUAGUUUGUUUAUCGAUUGACCAUUUCCCAGGUGUUGAACCUCAGAAGUAUUUGCAGCAGCACGAGUACGUCUAUCUGCUUUUCUACACUGGGGUCCAUGCGAAUAAGAUGAAUGCCGAUAUCUUCGACAAAUAUAGUGCUUUUUAUAAGGAGUGGAAGCACACAAAUGUUGCCUUUGGACGCGUAGAUGUCAAUAUAGACCAGGAAUUCGCGAAGUCACUUCUCGAGCCAAACCAGAUUCCGACAAAUAUUCUCUUCAGAAAUGGCGAACCUGUGGUGGUACUUUUAUCUCUGCUAUCUUUGGUUUUUCUCGUAUUCAAUGCACGCAACCACGAUUGAAUAGUGAAAAACUAGUGGUAAACGGAUUACUUACAAUAUACCUACUUCUUCAUUAACCACCAGCACGACAAGUCGGUCUCAUUUUGUCUUUACCCAAAAUAUACUACACGAAGAUGCGCAUCUUUGUGUGAAUCAAAUAUGUGCAGUUUGCACUUUCUACCGCCUAUCUCCAACUCCACCAACUCAGGUAGCGACCGAGGAUUUUAAGGCCGUCGUAUCGAUGUACCAGGGAAGCCCGCCCGGCCAUCGGUUCUUGUUAAAUAAGUACCUAGGCAAGGGUGUUCACUUCGCAAAGAUGUUGGAAAGCAAAGCGGAUGUCGAGAAGACUUUCCGAAAGAAACCGAAAAAGAGCACAGCGCAAAGGAGAAUCGUAGUUAAGAAUCUUGUAGUUCUUUUUCAUUCUCUUCACCAAUCCUCCUCGUCCUGGAAUCUCAAUCUUGUGACAUAGUUGCUUGCAGCGUAGUCGCCUCGACACGAUAGAAGUACAAGGAAGUGAUGAAACCGAAAGCGUACUUGUCUUAUAGAUCAUCAACUGUCGUGAUUCAAGGCCCUUAACCAUUUCCUUGUUUCGUUUUCUAAUGUGAGUUUGUUUCCAAACUUGGACGAAAGUAAUAGCAUCGUGCGCGCCUUCCGAGAAGCGGCAUGGGAUGUACGAGACCACAAAAAGGCAGACUCCAUGUUCUGGAUCUCUAUGAGCACGGCGACGGCUCUACCGCUCAUGGAAGCGAUGGAAGUGAAGGAUUUCGAGUUCUCAGACCCGGAAAAUUAAGGCUCCUUCUAAUAUUUCUAUACUGGUGCAACAACAAACAUUAGCCUUAUCAUUUAACAUCUCUGUCGUGACUCGCGAGUGUGACUGUAAGUAUGUGAAGUUUUUUGGACAAACCCUUCUACACCUUGAACGCCUUUUGAUUAUUCCUAGACAAACCCUUCUACAAGUAGGAACACCUGGAACAACUGUGUCAAGCGAUAGGGUCCAAUAAGCAAUCGUCAGGGAAAUCUUUGGCAAGCUGCCGAAUAGAUUGAAAGUAAUUUUCGUGAUCCAAUAUAUAAGCACUAGCACAGGGACAGGGAUGAAUUGCUAUGACGGUGGCGUCCUCUCUAAAAAAAUCCGAAGACGCGGCUAGGAAAGAUUUUGGUCGUGGAGUGGGACGCAGAGAAGAAGAAAUGGAACAAGGUAUUUAGAAAAUGUGUAUUGAAAAUCUUGUCAAAGAAUUAAUAAAGACUCUCGUUCUUCAGAAACGUGUAGUUACAAGGACUCUUUCUUCAGUACCUUUUCAUCUGCAGUCAAGUAAUUCGAACUCUUGUCGUUGUCCGCGUGAUUUUCCUGCCGUAGGAGAAGCAUUUUCGUAGGUACGUCUACGUAGAAAACGUUCUUUCAUGAAAUCACGAUCAUACCAGGUGGAAGUGAAGACCUUUGACGCCCUCAAAGCGGAUGCGGACGAUGUCAUCGAGUAUGUCCAAAAAAUAGUGCCUCCGAUGGAAAAGAAGAAGGCGAAGAGAGGAAGCGACGAGCUGUGAAGGAUUUUAUUACGAACAUAAUAUAUUAUACUCGAUAUUACACGUCGGUCUGCUUCCCGUACCCGUUCCGUUCCGUCCUAUCCCCUCUCCCCAACAUGCACAUAAUCAAUGAACUAAGUACAAGACGUGACAGAACACAAUUCAAUCAUAAGUUGUAAAUAAGUACUUCGUUUUACGCCAUUGAUUCAUAGCGCAGACAAUUAUUACAAUUAUUAAAUUGAAUACUCCUUGCAUGACUUCAAAAUAUCAUGAUAGGAAAUUAGUUCUUGCUCAGCAUGAUGCUCAACUUGUUCCAAUUCGUAAUUCACUAUUGAUGUUCAUGCGAUGUAUGCUACCUUGAUGAAAUAUGCCAGUAGUAUCGAUGUAAACUUUCCAUGAUGCCAUCAUGGAUCGAUUUUUUGAUCGAAUGCCGAAAAAACCUUCUCUCCUUGCAUGCUCCCCAUCAUUGUGCAGGACCACUGUCCCAAAAGUAUUAAACUAAAAAGCUG